AGGGGAAGUGGUUAGCUAACUAAAGUUAGCUUGAUUAACUUUCUGGACAGCUAUUGCAGAUACUGGUAAAAUUACAAGCUAGCCAGUCAGUGCGGUUGAGACAGGGGAGAGAUGUCUUCCUCCCAACCUGAUUCCCACAGGUAAAUUGUCCAAUGGAAGAUCGAAGUGCCAAGUUUCCCCCUGUCCCUGUAUUCACCCCUCUUUGCCCUGUAGCUCUGCCCCACCUCCACUCCCUCUCCAUCACGUGCAGAGACAGUGAUGGCAAAGCGUGCAAAAGGUCUGACUGUCUUAAGGAUCCCAGUGUGCCAGAAAAAGAGGAGGAGGAGGAGGAUGGUUGUCAUAGAGGGAGGGUGCAGUGCACUAUUGGACUGACCCCUUCCCUGGCAAAGAGUGAAAGCGAUAGUAGCCCAAUGCAUCAUCUUCGUCCCCCACUGGUGCUGUCGAGAAUUGAUGGACCCUCCAACCAAAAGAGACACUCAUCUGUAGUGCGACCCACAAAAGUUUGUGGAGUGGAAGUUGAAGGUGAAAUGACAGAGGUCAAUGAUGGCAAAGUGUGCAGAGGGAAUGAUUGUCUUCAGGAUCCCAGCAUGCAAGAAAGAGAGGAGGAGGAUGAUUGUGGUAGAGGGAGGGUGCAGAGCACUGCUGGACUGACCCCUUUCCUGGCAAAGCAUGCCAGAGGGAGUAGCAACAAAACCUGUAGUAGAGUGGGAGCUGAAUGUGAAAUGACAGGGCGCAAAGAAGAAAAGGGCUCCAUACUUACAGUGACAACCCAGCCCCCCACUGCUGCAUGCCAGGUGGUGGAGAACAUAGGGAAGGCAUUCCCUGGGCAUGGUGGUAGUCAGUCAGAAGUAGAACUAGAAAUUGCUGAAGCCCAAAACAGUGCCCCUCCAGGGAAGAAGUGGGUGAUUGGCUUGCGGGUCCAGUCAUUCAAAUCAAAAAUGGCCAGCUUCACAGAAGUUGCUGCAAGUCCAGUUCAGCACCAUGAAGCUAAUGACUUGUCUCCAUCCAGUACUAAAUUAGCAUUCCAACUUCCCACUCUGUGUUCUCUCACAGAUGACAUCCAUAAAAGACAUUGUUCAGAAGGAAAACCCAAGGAUUCCAUUUCAUCCCUAACUAUGGGAUUUGACAAACACACAAAAAUAUCUUUAGAAAAUUCCAUGUCACCACAGAGAAGAGGAAGAGACUCUCAAACUUAUAAACAAGUACUUUUCAGAGACAAGGAGGAGUCUGAAUCAGCUCUUCUGAGGUUACACAGUCCAUCUUUUAAAACCAGACUUCAACUGAGGUCUGAACAAAUUGAAUCCCUGGCAAAUAACUUGCCCCCAGACUCAUCUAGAGGCAGAUGUCAGCCUAGUCUGUGCCCCGGUGCUUCUGGGGAGCAAGAGAACAAAGAUUUUCAGUCCCAGUGUUUACACACUGAACCCACAUGCUUGAGUGGUGCAUCUUCUGAUAAUUGCAAAGAGAAAAUCUGA